CUAUAUUCUUUCAAAAAUAUAAUGUCUUAUUUUAGGGUUCAUGCGUGGUGGGCAGUGGUUAUGGUGAUGUUGGUGGUGAUGGGAGAAGGGACACCACCAGGGAUCGCUAAUAAUCCAAGCCAUGCGACGUGCAAGAUUAAGAAGUAUAAACAUUGCUAUAAUUUGGUACAUGUUUGUCCAAAGUUUUGCCCGAAUCAAUGUCACGUAGAAUGUGCCUCUUGUAAGCCUAUUUGUGGUAGUGGUGGUGACGAUGCUAAUCCUCCACCGGAGGAUAAUACUCCCGCUCCACCAUCCAAAACUUAUUAUUCUCCUCCACCUCCGGUGGCUGUAACACCGAGCCCUCCUGCUUCAAACCCUAGUCCCUCACAUUCUCCUCCAUUACCUUCACCAACACCAACGCCGGUAACUCCUUCUCCUUCUCCUCCUCCUCCAUACUCUGAAACUCCAAGCACCCCUCCGACUAUUUCACCGCCUCCUCCUGUUACUUCAACACCACCUCCUGCAAAUACCAAUCCUCCGAAAUCUCCACCGACAAACCAAACUCCAUCACCACCGCCUCCAACAGAUACCAAACCUCCAUCAAACCCUACCCCUCCCACUGUAUCACCGCCUCCUCCAGUUACUUCAACACCACCUUCUGAAAAUCCCAAUCCUCCGAAAUCUCCACCGACAAACCAAACUCCAUCACCACCGCCUCCAACAGAUACCAAACCUCCAUCAAACCCCACCCCUCCCACUGUAUCACCGCCUCCUCCAGUUACUUCAACACCACCUUCUGAAAAUCCCAAUCCUCCGAAAUCUCCACCGACCAACCAAACUCCAUCACCACCGCCUCCAACAGAUACCAAACCUCCAUCAAACCCUACCCCUCCCACUGUAUCACCGCCUCCUCCAGUUACUUCAACACCACCUUCUGAAAAUCCCAAUCCUCCAACAUCGCCUCCGACAAACCACCCUCCAUCAACACCUCCAGCAAACCCCACCCCUCCUGAAAAUUCCAACCCUCCAUCAACACCACCAACGAACCCUAACACUCCAUCGACACCUCCAUCCACUCCUAAUUAUCCAUCACCGACACCACCAUCUGAAACUCCCAAUUCACCACCUGUUAACACUCCAUCGACACCUCCAUCCACUCCUAAUUAUCCAUCACCGACACCACCAUCUGAAACUCCCAAUUCACCACCUGUUAACACUCCUACGUCGCCUCCUCAAACACCAUCUCCUCCAGCUUCAAAUCCACCAUCUUCAUCGGCUGGUGCAACAAAGACAGUGAGAUGCAAAAAUGUAAAUUAUCCUCAAUGUUACAACAUGAUUCACAAUUGUCCCAGCGCUUGCCCUAAUGGAUGUCAAGUUGAUUGUGUUACUUGCAAACCUGUCUGCCAUUGUGACAGACCAGGAGCUGUAUGCCAAGACCCACGUUUGGUCGGCGGCGACGGUAUAACCUUCUACUUCCACGGCAAAAAGGACAAAGAUUUCUGUCUCGUUUCCGAUCCCAACCUCCACAUCAACGCCCAUUUCAUUGGAAAACGAAACCCUUCCUUGAAACGAGAUUUCACUUGGGUACAAUCCCUAGCUAUCCUCUUCAACAACCACCGUCUUUUGAUCGCCGCCCAAAAGACCGAUGUUUGGGACGAUUCCAUUGACCGCCUCACUAUUGUCCUCGACGACCACCCGAUGGCCCUCCCAAUAUCGGAAGGCAGCCAAAUACAACACCCUAUCGAAAACCCCACCAUCACCAUCGUUCGACUAGCGGCAACAAACCACGUGAUGGUGGAAGCCAAAGGACUGUUCAGAAUCACAGCCAAGGUGGUGCCAAUAACAAAAGAAGAUUCAAGGAUUCAUAACUAUGGAAUAGAGGAGGGGGAUUCGUUUGCACAUUUGGAUGUAGGGUUUAAGUUUUUCGGGUUGAGUGACGACGUGAAUGGGGUUUUGGGGCAGACUUAUGGAGCUGGGUACGUGAGUAGUAUCAAUGUGAAGGCAGCUAUGGCAGUCAUGGGGAGAGGGGAGGAGUUUGAAACUUCUAGCUUGUUUGCGGCGGAUUGUGCUGUCUCUAGAUUUGGCGGCAACGGCGGUGUUGGCGGCGGAGAUGAGACUAUAUGAAGUUUUCGGUUCUGAAGACAUGAAAAUUGGAAAUUAUAUUGAACAAGUUGAGAUUUUUCUAUGGUUUGUAAGAAUAAUAAAAAGGCAUUGGAGGGAAAUUUGUUUAAAGA